AUGGGCGCCUUGGACCUACACCUUGAGUUUGCUUCUGCUCAACAUGGACAAGCCAAGCUAAAUGUGGAGGAAUAUGCCAAGGGCUCUUUGCUGUCUGAUGGAAACUACAAUACAGAGAAGAUCAAUGGUUCAAACCCUGAUGACUAUGAGAAAGGGAUAAUGCAGCAUGGGUGUCCACAUUAUAGAAGGAGAUGCCGCAUAAGAGCUCCUUGCUGCAAUGAAAUUUUGAUUGCCGACACUGCCACAAUGAAACCAAGUUUUUCUCUUUGUUUCAUUGAGGUGCCAAAUUCCAUUAAAACUGGUAAAAUGAAGAGGCAUGAACUUCCACGCCAUGAAGUGCAGCAGGUUGUAUGCUCAUUGUGUGGCACUGAACAGGAGGUACGGCAAGUAUGCAUCAAUUGCGGUGUUUGCAUGGGGAAGUACUUCUGUGGAUUGUGCAAACUCUUUGACGAUGAUGUCUCUAAACAGCAGUAUCACUGCAACGGAUGUGGAAUAUGUAGAAUCGGAGGGCGGGAGAAUUUCUUCCACUGUUCAAAAUGUGGAUGUUGCUAUUCAAUUGCGCUGAAGAAUAGUCAUGCAUGUGUUGAAGGGGCGAUGCAUCAUGACUGUCCAAUCUGCUUUGAGUACUUGUUCGAGUCGACAAAUGAUGUUUCUGUCCUGCCUUGUGGUCAUACCAUUCAUGUAAAGUGCCUGAAAGAAAUGGAGGAGCACUACCAGUUCGCAUGCCCCCUUUGCUCCAAGUCGGUUUGUGACAUGUCGAAGGCAUGGGAGAGACUCGACAUGGAGCUGGCAACUCUGUCCGACUCCUGUGAUGAUAAAAUGGUCCGCAUAUUAUGCAACGACUGCGGGGCAAUAUCAGAGGUGCAGUUCCAUUUGAUUGCGCACAAGUGCCAGAAUUGCAAGUCAUACAACACCCGCCAGAUCUGA